AUGUCUGCUCAUACGUCGACGAAAAAUGUGUGCGUGAACCAAAAUUUGAGAUGCUCAGAGUGCGACCUUAUGGACCGCACGACACGCGGAUAUCAAGUGCGUGUCUGUGCCGGGUGUGAGCUUGCUGUCCAUGAAAAGUGCUACGCUAUUGCAUCACUGGCUACAGAGGAGGAAGUGCAAAGCAGUGGGAUAGAAAAGGAAAACGAAGACAUGAAGAGUUCUGAAUGGUUGUGUGAUUGCUGCCGACGAGGAGUUCAACGACAGAUGAUCAAGUGUGUGUACUGUGAGAAAACGGCAGGUGUUACAGCUUUUAAAGUCGUCGAUACUGGUGACGCUGCUUUUUGGAGUCUAUUUGCUGGAUUUCAAGACGAGAAAAAGCCUACAAUUGAAAACGAGGUGCAAUUUGGACAUGUGCUUUGUAUCAAGUGGGACCCACGUCGAUUGGCUGCGCACACUAUCAAAGAAAGCAAGAUUCAAGCUGCUAUGAUGGUGUCGAAGAAGGACCUUGUCAAAAAAUCUGCAGAGAAAACAGUGACAGAGGGGGGUAUAAGUGAAGGAAUGGAGCAGACGGACGAACCGUUUGUGGAGAAAGUUGACGAGGCCAUGCCAGACGUAAAUGAGGUGCUGCUGAGAAAUCUGUUUCCUCCUGGUGAAUGCUGCUUUUGCCAUUCGAGUGGUGGCGUUCGGAUACAGUGUCGCCGAGUGAACUGCGCGCGCGAUUUUCACGCCAUGUGCGCGCACCAAGGAAGUGGUCACGUGGAGCUGCGAACUGAUCAUUUCUUGCAGUUUCAUGCGUACUGCGACCGUCAUCGAGACUGCACUGAAGACAUUGGCGACCUAUUGGCAAAAUUAAUUACGCGCCCCAUACGGUUGCUUGUAGGUCGCGAUGACAUGCGCCGAUUUGGUACAAUUGCAAAACAUUUACUAAAUUACGUCAGCGCUGCUGCUGUGAUGCACGAUUUGGCAGCCUUGAUAGUUGGAUACUGCAAUAAGGGUCUGCGUGCCAGCAAGAAUGAGCCGCCUGAUUAUAACGUGAAGCACCUACAGGUACUUCAGUUCUUCUUGAGCCACGUGCCACAGCUUGAAAAAGUAUACGCACUACCAUCGACGCCUAUACAAGAUCUCGUUAAUGACACGAAGCUAUUUCGUCGUCUCGAAAGGACGUUCGAUCCACUGAGAUACGUGGCCACGUAUCCUGGCCCACUCAGUCAGCAGUACACUUGUAAUGUGUGCCUGGACCCUUUUCACGAGCGACAACACGUUUUUUACUGUUGUAGAGAAGACAAAUCUGCGAUCCCGCAUGUUCAGCACUGGAGAUGUACGAAGCGUCUAUCAAAUGCUCGAGAGCGUGAAAGGUAUCUUCCAGUAACAGGAAACACGAAAAAAAAGAAACGAAAAACGAUUACAAUUGUGCAGAAUGGCGUACGAAAGGAUAUUGCGCUACCCAAGGGCCUCUCGAGUAUGACAGAUGAUGUUAUUUGCGGUGUAUGUCGUGCCCCAAUUGAUGCGCGUGGUCUCAUCGCAUCCUGUAAGAAAGCAAAAAGUUUGGAUUUCGAGAAGAAGGAAAGCAAAUUUGUUCAGAGCGGUUGCUACAUCAACUCUGUUGGUGCCAAAGGAUUCUCUUAUGGAUAUAAUGCGUCAUCUCGCAAACCGGCGAGACCGACUGAUGGUAAAUGUAAUGGCAGCUCGACAGUACAGCACGCAGUGGCUCAACAAACCUUGGGACCUCCGAAGAUGGAACGGAUUAAUGUUCAGCGCACGACGAGGUGGCUUGCUUGCGUGGCUCAAAUCAUACGCCUUAUUGGGGCUCCAGCUCCCGCAGCUUCGGCAGAGGUGAUUAAGGCCCCUUCACGCUCAAGCAAUCUUGCUACGAUUGAAUCCCUGAACAAUGGUGCUGCCACGUCCGCUAUUACUGCAGCGUCAGCUUUCAAUCGUGCGACUGACUCAAUUGGAGCUGUUGAGACCAAGUCAUCAUCGUGUACACCAACGCCUGGUAGCUCUGUGAUUGAAAAAGCUACGCGUGAGGACAAGGAUUCAUCGGAGAUUAUGUCGAUAGUCGGAAGAUCUCUGUCACCUGCUACUAUCAGCGCCACCACGUCGUCAACUACGCCGUUGCCAAAAUCAAUAGCAAAGGUAACACCAUCCCUCGUGACGCCAGCUGUACAAGGACUUUUUAACGAAGUGAUACGUCUCGUACGCCCGUAUGAUUCGUACGCGCUUAGCAAGUUGGAGACUGCGUACGAUAUGCUCCUUCACCGAAGUGGACCUGGUGUCGCUGUGUUGCGUAUGUUCACGCACGAAUACACUCGUUUUGUGUAUAUUAAGCACACGCGUGCCGUGGAAAAGGCACGCCAUGAGAAACGUAAACGUGCAGAGCACGAAGCACAGGAGAUUCGCGAAAAAGAACGCAAUCGCAUGAGCCUCGAGACAGAGCGAGCGCUCAAGAACCAAAUGCUGGCAAUGCGCAACAAACAGCGACAACAUCUCAAGGCCUCGUCGUUAAAGUAA